AUGGGGGAUCGCGAAUGUAUGAGAGAAGAAAGUGAUUCUAAGGAAGUGGAGGUCAAGGAGGAGCCUGUGGAGGAAUUAUAUGACUCCGAAGUAGAAACUGCCAAUUCUGAUGCUUACAUGAGAGAUACUUUUGAUUCCACUGAAACACCAUUUGAAAAAGUGUCUUUAAUGACAGCUGAAAAGCCAAAACCCGUGAAGAAGGCCAGGAAAGAAAGAGGGAAAAAAAAUGCAAAUGAAGCAAGUGAAUUUAUUGAGAAAUUGAAGAUGUCGUAUGAGAGAACACUGUGGAUGCAGUUUGUCCGUGAGAUUCCACAGUUGAAGGAAUGGCUCAAUUAUGGAUUUGUAUCUGUUGGGCACAAAAUAUAUAUUCUUGGUUAUAGUGAUAAAACAGAUAGAUUUGAAGUGCUUAUCUUUGAUGCAAAAAAUUAUUCACUCCGUUCUGUGGAUUUCCCUGACCAGUCAGAGAACAGUAGUGUUCCUGCUCUGAAGUCAUUCUUCGCUGUAUCGCACAGUAAGAAAAUCUACAUCUGUGGCAGCAAAAGUCCUAACUCCUUUGCUGCUCGUCAUGUUCAUUGCCUUGACACAGAAACCAUGGAGUGGACAGACACAGAUGCCCUAGGAGAGAUUCCUCAGGGCAAAAUGUGGGGAGCCGCAUGUAUUGUUGGCAACAAAAUAUAUAUCUGCAUCGACUAUUUCGUCAAUGUUUCAGAAGGUAAACCGCGAAUGUAUGCUUUGGAUUUGCGCACAAAAAUUUGGACAUGUCAAUGCCGUCAUACAUGGUCUCUUCGCUUAACUCCACGUGGAACAGUAGCCUUUGGCCGGAGAAUUUACGUCUUGUUCAUAAAAUGGACCAACAUCGGUGACAAUAAUGACUGUAUUGGGUGUUAUGACACCUCAGAAGGUUCUUGGAGGUGGUUAGAUCCUCCUGGUAGCUCAACAUGUUUUGGGCCCAGCUGGACCAUUUUUGACCAUGGAGAAGAUGUUUAUAUUUUGCUUAGCGAUGUAUUCAUGAUGGCAACAGAGCGUCUUGUUUACCCAUAUUCUGAUGAGGAUGGCCACGAGAAGAUAUUUGUAAAGUACUCCCCUCGCAGAGAUGAAUGGGGCCAGGUUAAAUACAAGGGGUCGCCUCCAGGAAGGCAAUUCGAUUCUGUCAUUGUGAUUGAAGAUAAAGUGUUUCUGUUUUGCUCCAUUUACAAAGAGGCAUACAUGCUAGAUUUCUUCCCUAGUCUGCGAAGUCUUUCUCUUGAAGCAGUGAACCACCAUGAGCUGGAUAUUGCUUGUCUUCCUGCCGGUUUGAAAAAUGAGAUCCUACAGUCUACAACUCAUUCUGCUUCAUCUAAAUGAGGGGCCAAUAAGUCUUAAAUAAUCUUUUCUUAAGUGGGAUUAUUAACAGGUUUUCUUGUUUGCAUUGUUUUAUUUAAUUUCUUGAUAAAAACCUAAAGAACAAAAAGGGAAAGGUAUUGGAGAUUUAUAUUUCUUCUUUGUUAUUUUGUAAGAAUAUAAUUUUUAUUUGUGGUUCUGUGCACUAAUGUGCAAAUUUAUUGAAUCUGUUUAGUGAUUAUUACAGCAGGAGUUAUCAUAAGCAGAUAACUAAAAAUAAUUCAGCUCAUGUGUGCAAAAUUAGAGGACCACCUGCAGCAUCUGUUCCUUGAAUGAUUUUCAGAUUGUUUUCAGAUUUUCAGAAAGUAACACACAUGUUUGUGCAUCUAAUUGUAAAUUGUGGUGUACUUGAAAUGCUAUCAAUGUAAACUAAAAAAAUAAUUGUGACCAUGAAAUUAACAAAUGUUUUGUCAUUUUCCUGUUGUUAAAUAUCUAAAUAGAAGGCCAGUAACUAGUUGGUGUUGGAAUUCGCAAAGAAGAUAGAGGAUGCAUGAAAAAUGUGUUUUUUAUUUUACUUUUUAUUUGGGUUAUGCCAAAGCAAAAGUACAAAUCAACCUUUGGUGGUUAUUUUAUUUUUUAUAGAAAUGUAUUUUUUACAUUUCUUUUUGCAAGUACAAAUUCUUUAAAUUUUAUUAAAAGAUCUGAAAGAUUUAUUGUAAAUAAAAUAGUUUUAUUUACAUGAAUGUUUAAUUGUAACAAAAUAUAAAAUAUUAUAAAUGCUAUUUGUGAUAAAUAUUUAUGUGAAAUUUUGGUGCUUUAAUUUCUCGUAUUGAAAAGAAUCAUUUAUACAAUUCUUUUGUGAAAUUUUGUGAGGUGCAGUUUUAUAUUCUAUCUGUAUGUGUAUCAUUGUUGAAGUCUAAUGUUUAAUGGUCUUGUUUUGAGUGUUCUUUGUUUAAUAAUUAGUAUGCUCUCAUAAGUCAGAAUUGAGACUAUUAAUAAUGAUAUUGAAUAUAGUAACAGUACAUUUUAUGUCAGUUAAAUAAAAAUAUGCAACCAGCACAAAGUUUUUAGGGUUAAAAGUAAGAGAAAAUUCUAUUUUAGUGAAGCCUUGUCAAAAUGUUAUAGCACAUUCUUUACUCAAAUGAUGUACGGAGGUGGCCAAAUUAUUAGACUAAAUAUUUUUUCUGUGACUUAACGCUUUAUAAUGAGUCCUGAAAGGAAAAGUUAACAAAAGUAACUGUUUGAAGUGUAAUGUGUGUUAAUGUUAUUGGAAAUAUGGAAAAAAAACUGUUAAUGUUACAAUGAGGCACGACCAAUACUCAAGAGGCCAUAAAGAACCAAUGGUUCUCUCACAUAUGAGUUGUUUGCAAGAGAAACUUUCCUAUCACAACAGGAAAAAAAGUUGGAAAACAUCUUGAAGACAUUGAUUAUUUUGUGUUCAAAUAGGCUGCAAAUAGCCCUGACAUGAAUCUCAUCAAAAAUGUUCAUUUGAUAGUUCU